CUAGGACAGGAGGAUUUAUUCGCAACGCACAAUAUUAAUUCGAUUUAGUUCCGAAAGGAAGGCGAAGCAGCUUGCGAGAGAAGCAGACUUCAUUCCAACAUGGUAACCACGGAAUCGCUGGAGAUUGAGAGCUGUCACUUGGUGGAAUUGCUGGCGGAGGAGCAGGGACGCGUGCUCAUCCUCGACUGCCGCUCGUUCCUCCGUUUCAACGCGUCCCACAUCAGGGGCUCGCACAACGUGUACUGUAAUACCAUCGUCAAGCGCAGGUCGAAAGGAGCCAUCGCCCUGGACUGCAUCCUGCCCGAGGACAGCGUUCGCUCUGCCCUCAGCGGUGGCUUCUACCCUGCCGUGUUGGUGCUGGACGACAGGAGCCCGAGCGCCGCCACGCUGGGCCGGGACAGCACGGCCCGGCUCGUCCUCAACACCCUGAGCGCACAGCUCGACACCAGCGCCUUGAAGAUUUACUUCUUGAAGGGAGGCUACGAAACCUUCCACUCGCUCUUCUCGGAGAUGUGCACUGAACCCCUCAGUUCCUACCCGCAGCCCAGCUCAGUGCCCACCCUCAUCGCCAGAGGAACUCCGCUCUAUGACCAGGGUGGCCCAGUGGAGAUCCUGCCUUUCCUCUACCUGGGCAGUGCCUACCACUCAUCCCGUAAGGAGACGCUGCAGUCCCUGGGAAUCACCGCACUGCUGAAUGUAUCUUCCAACUGCCCCAACUGCUUCGAGGGAGUCUUCCAGUACAAGUGCAUCCCUGUGGAGGACAGCCACAUGACCGACAUCAGCGCCUGGUUUCAGGAAGCCAUUGAUUUCAUCGAUUCGGUGAAGAACAGUGGUGGCCGAGUCUUGGUGCACUGCCAGGCCGGUAUCUCCAGAUCCGCCACCAUCUGCUUGGCCUACCUGAUCCGGACGCAGCGGGUGCGGCUGGAAGAAGCCUUCGACUUUGUCAAGCAGCGAAGGGGCAUCAUUUCCCCGAACUUCAGCUUCAUGGGACAGUUGCUGCAGUUUGAAACCAAGGUGCUGUGUCACUAGAGAUCGGCUCUUUAUAGGAAAGAGGGAGCCAGACACCCACCAGCUCAACGGAACAAGUCUCCGGCCUUGCCAGCUUUAGCACCUCCCUGAGGAAUUUUGUGAUAUGAGGAAGUCUGAUAGGAUUUGGACGCUCUGAGCCCACUGUAUCGACGGACAAGAAGAUGGGGUCAGGGCAUGUCUCAAGCUGGCAGGAUUCCACGCAAGCAGCUUGGAUGCUCAAGAGCCUCUUCAACAAGCCAUGCAGAGACCGGCAGAUGUCGGCUUCAACCUCGAGCAGGAAAGGUAGCAUCACUCACUGCUCAUGAGAUGCCCCCUGCUACAACGCCAACGGUACUUCACCCUAAACCCGCACAUUUCCUGUAAAUCCCAUCGGUAUCAUUUACCAAUCUGCAAGGCUGAUGGGAGAGGGUGGUUCCUGCUGUUGUCUGCAAGAUUUCACUGAAUAACUAACCCUGGAUACUUUUGCCCUGUUGGCCAAUACCACCCUGUGCACCAUCAGUCUCAAUUGGUGCGUUGGGACCUAUUCUCAAGGGAGAUGAUCUGUGAAGGAAAUGCUGCUCCUAUUAGUUUCAAUUUGAGUUUUCCGGGGCUCCAAUGUUUACGGUCUAAUGCGGACUCUGAGCCAGAAUCCUACCAAGAACCAUUCCUAACCUCACGUGUACCCCAGCCACAUGGGAGACACGCCUGGACAAUACGUUAGCCUGAACUGUGAAGGUUUGGAACCCAAGGGGGUGGUGCUGACAGUAUAACGGCUGGUCCUUUCUACUCUGUCAACAUCACAACCUCUCUGGGUUCCCAACGAGCAGCCAGAUUGCUCUUAAAGCCACAGAGUGUAAUUUAAUUCUCUGUUUUAAAGAGAUCUCUACCUGCUAAUGUCCUUAUAAAGGAAAGUACUUUAUAUAUUUUAUUAUCUGUUCGGUAAAUAUUUUAAGUUUCACUACUAAGUAUUACUGAGAUUAUUUAUUACUCUGGAAAAUAAAACUUGUUGAAAAUUCUCA